CUGAUCCAGAGCUACCUGGGGAAAGUACAUUUAGGAGACUGGCCAACAAGCAGCCAGAUGGACUUCAACAAAUACAACCUUUCAGAGAAGACAGAGCAGGCUAGCUUCCUUCAAGUUGUUGAAAGGCAAAUGAAGAGUUUGGCAGAGUCCCCUGAAGGGCAGGCUAAAAAGACAGAUGUUUCCCCUGUUGCAGUGGACCUACAGAACUCAUACCAUGCUUUAAAUGAGCCAGAGCAUGCUUCAGUUGACUGCUCAAGUCGGAUUGCUGGUCAUUCCUUUCCUGUUUCAAGGAGAAACAGUGCUGAUGCCUGUAUUGCUUCCCAGACAGCAAUCCCUUGCUUUGCUUUCAAUGGUCCAUACUUAUACAGCUCAAUGAUAUUCUCUCAGCCUGAUAUGUAUCAGACGCUGGAAGUGGACCCAGUGGGAGUCCGUGAGAAAUCACUUUCCCUUCAGUAUGUGACCCUCCCAAAGGAAGACUGUCACCAGCCUCCACACAGGCAAGGACAGCCAGGAGAAGGUCCUCCACAGCCCCUCCUGCUCCCAGAUCAGAAAGAAAUUAUGCUGUACCUUGACGAUGAGAAAGAAGUCUCACCAGCCGCACAGGCCGGUGGGAAAGGCACAGAUGUCAGAAGAGAAGAGCAGAAAUCUCCAAAGGCUCUUAGCUGUAUCACGUCUCCUCAGCACUGCCCCUUAGAGUACAUCACCACGGAGAGCCUGUUACUGCCACCAACCAGUGACUCCACCCAUCCGCCACUUGUCACUGCUGGGGAGUUACCUUGUGACUCACGGAAGCCCCAGCCCCCCAGUGAUCAUUCUUGCCAUGAGUUUUGUCCUGGGAAAACUGAUGUCAUUGUCCCAGUUUCAGGUCAAGCACGAACGUCUUCUUCUGAAUUGCGCCCAGAUGCAUUUGGAGACUACCUUACUACCCCUUUAGGUCUCCAUGGACCUUCUGAACCCACAAAGAUUUCUUUGCCUGUCUUACAGAAGGGAAAUGAUCUUCCUAGAAAGCAGCCUUUGUCAGAGGGUAACUUGGUGGUGUUAAACCCUGACAGCACUGAGCCAGUUUUCCUUUGCCAGGUUGGUGACUAUUGCUUCCAUAGCCUAAAAUCCAGUGUGAAGAUGGAUACUAGUCAGGAAGACUACCAAGUCAAGAAACCUUCUGAAGGCAAGACAACACCUGGGAAGCCUGUAUCUGAUGAUGAAUCUGUCACUGGCAAGGAAAAGGAUGUAUCAAAAAUGCAGGCUAUUCAGCUUUUCAAAAACCUGAAAUCAGAUGAUUAUUUUUCCUGGCAGCAAUCUUUGAAGAUAACAGAAAUCUGUUAA